UCUUUCGUUCCCUAGUUCAAUUUUGUUGGUCUCUCUCUCUCUCUGUUGCACUUGUGCACCUUGACCCUCUCUCUUGCAACCAUGAACGCCUCCAUCAUUGAUCCAUUGCAGGGCGAUUUCCCAGAAGUGAUAGAAGAGUAUUUGGAACAUGGCUGUAUGAAAUGUAUUGCCUUCAAUCGCCGUGGCACCCUUCUUGCUGCUGGAUGCAAUGAUGGAAGUUGUGUUAUUUGGGAUUUCGAGACCAGAGGCAUUGCUAAGGUGCUUCGUGAUGAUGAAUGUUCUUCUCCCAUAACUAGCAUCUGUUGGUCAAAGUAUGGCCAUCGAAUUCUCGUUUCUGCUGCUGAUAAAUCAUUAAUAUUGUGGGAUGUUAUGAGUGGUAAGAAGAUAACACGAAUAGUUUUGCAACAAACCCCUCUACAAGCUCGUCUUCAUCCAGGAUCCUCAACCCCAUCUAUCUGCUUAGCAUGUCCACUUUCAUGUGCUCCAAUCAUUGUUGACCUGAACACAGGAAACACAACUUUGCUUAAAGUUUCUGUCUCGGAGACAUGCAAUGGGCCAGCCGCUCCUUCACGCAAUAAGAGUUCUGAUGGAAUUACCUCCUACACACCAACUGCUGCUUGUUUUAAUAAGUAUGGGACUCUGGUUUAUGUGGGAAACUCAAAAGGGGAAAUUCUAGUCAUUGAUUACAAAAAUGGUGAAGUGCGUGCCAUAGUUCCAAUAUCUGGUGGUUCUGUUGUAAAGAACAUUGUAUUCAGCAGGAAUGGACAGUAUCUACUCACAAAUUCAAAUGAUCGAAUACUAAGGAUCUAUGAAAACCUUCUGCCCCUGAAAGAUGAAGUCAGAGCCAUUGAUGACCUGAGUGAGCACCUCCACGAUCUAAAUAAUAUUGAGAAGUUGAAGGCUGUGGGAUCCAAAUGUUUAAUUUUAUUCCGGGAAUUUCAAGAUUCCAUCACAAAGGUACACUGGAAAGCACCUUGUUUCAGCGGUGAUGGUGAGUGGGUAGUUGGUGGUUCUGCUAGCAAAGGAGAGCACAAGAUUUACAUAUGGGAUAGAGCUGGACAUCUUGUGAAGAUCCUUGAAGGACCAAAGGAAGCUCUUAUAGAUUUAGCAUGGCAUCCUGUACAUCCUAUUGUUGUAUCGGUUUCCCUGAAUGGCUUAGUUUAUAUAUGGGCAAAAGAUUAUACUGAGAAUUGGAGUGCAUUUGCUCCUGAUUUCAAGGAGCUUGAAGAAAAUGAGGAGUAUGUAGAACGUGAAGAUGAAUUUGAUCUGAUUCCUGAGACUGAGAAGGUGAAAGUACCCGAUGUUAACGAAGACGAGGAAGUUGACAUUAUAGCAGUAGAGAAAGAUGCCACUUUCAGUGAUUCUGAUAUGUCUCAAGAAGAGCUAUGUUUCUUGCCAGCAACCCCUACUCGCGAUGCUCCUGAGCAGCAAGAGAAGGGUGUGGAAACUUCUUCGAAGUUGUUGGACACUAAUAAUACUGGAUCCCCUCUUUCAGAAGAAGCUGGACCAAAUGGACAUAUAACGAAUCAUGCAUCAAGUCCUCUUGAAGAUGAUGCUGGGCGCAUGAAAAGAAAGCGAAAACCUUCAGAGAAGGUGUUGGAAUUGCAAGCAGAGAAAGUUAAGAAACCCUCAAAAUCUAGCAAACUGGCAAAACCUAAGAGCAAAUCUUUGGUUGAUCAGGAUAAUGGUAAUGGUUUUCAUGGUGAUGGCCUUUAUGAUGAAUAAUUGUAGAUUAUGAAAUUCUUGUUUGCAAAAGCACACUUCUAUUAUAAUUUUUUUUGUCCCUAUUUUUUUUUUCUUUUCUAAACAUUCUUUCCUUGCAUAGCUUUAUUUAAAUUUAAACUUGCCUCCUCCCUCUUCAUCCUUGA